AUGAGUAUCACGGCUUUGCUUGUUCUUAAGUGCACUCCUGAGACUCCAAACCCUGUUAUCCUCGCUCACGCAUUCGACUUCUCUGGAUUCAACUAUUUCUACCACCCUAACAUCACCGAGUUCGUUCGAUUCUACAGUAGUACUGUGGCCAGCCGAACCCUUCCUUCUCAGCGACAAUCUGUUAAACACGAAGAUUAUAUGGUGCAUGCUUACAAUAGAGACGGUCUCUGCGCCGUGGGACUCAUGGAUGAUCGUUAUCCUGUUCGAUGUGCCUUUUCUCUUCUCAACCAGGUUCUUGAUGAGUACCAGAAGAUUUUUGGUGAGACAUGGAGGUCUGCUAAAGAAGUCUCUAAGCAGAAGUGGCCGUACUUAGUAGAAGCUUUAGACAAAUUUCAGGACCUGGCGGAAGCUGAUAAGCUGUCGAAAAUUCAGAUGGAGCUGGAUGAGACCAGUAUUAUCAUUCAUAAAACCAUUGAUAGUGUCCUAGCCCGAGGUGAAAAGCUGGACACAUUAGUGGAGAAGAGUUCAGAUUUGAACAAGGCAUCAAAGAUGUUUUACAAGAAAGCAAGGAAAACAAAUGUAUGUUGUACAAUUCUCUGA